CUUCCCCUAUCGUAUCCUUUCGAAAGGCAUCCUCUAUUUAUAACCAAACCUUCAAUCCUUUCCUUUCCUUUUCUUUUCCUGCUUCCUUCCACCCUUCAUCCACUUCUUCACUUCUUCAUCCGCCUACCCAAUCCCCUCACAUGCCACUUCUGACUUAGUCUAAUCGCUGAGUGUAUCACACUUGAGUGUUCCGGUAUCCUCUAAAUUCCCUUAACACAAUACGAACAACUUACCAAAAUGUUCGGAAAGGGAAGCCUCGAGGAUGCCAAGGCACUCCAAGCCUCUUUCUCGAGGGCAAAAUCACCACGACGCCGAGGUGGAGCACGUACCGCAGGUGCGAGAACCAAUGCGGCCAGACCGCAACAAGGUUACAAGAAUAACGCGAGACCGGAGCCGUUUGGUCAGCACGGCUAUUCUCAACAGCAUGAGAACAGUCAACACUACGGAAAUCCCCAGCAGCAAGGAAAUCUUCGACAGCAAGGAAAUCGCCGACAACAAGGGGGCCCUCGACAGUAUGGUAAUUCUCAGCAGGACAGUCAGUUCCUGGCUGGCCACGGCCCUUACACACCCCUUAGCCAACGCCAACACCAGCCUUUCCCGGAACCACAGCGUCGCAACAACGACCUGCUAGACUUUAACCGUCCUCUUCAAUCUCCAUACUCUGCUCAGCGACAGGAGAACAUCCCCCCGCAGCAAUAUCAACAGGCCGCCCCUAGUCCCAUUGCUCAAUCUAGUCCCGCUACCACCCGAAGUGACAAAUCGAUCCUUGAUGAGCCGCAGAAUCAGACCAGCCAGACGGUCAUGCAAUUCACAAGUAAGGAAGAAUCUCCAGUUGCUCAGAAAGCUGACUUAGCCAUGAAUGGUGCCGGUGAGGCAAGUUCCGUUCGUAAAGCACCUCGAUACGGAGGCCUCAGCUCCUCACGAUGGAACACCGAUCACGUCAAGCACGUCGGAAAGUUCACUCUGGAUUUUGACAACGAUUCGCAAGAAGAGGAACGCGACGAGACGCGAAGCGAACCCCUACAACGCGAGCAACGUGAGCAACGUGAGCAACGCGAGCAACGUGAGCAACGUGAGCAACGCGAGCAACGUGAACAACGUGAGCGACAUGAGCAGCGUGAGCAGCGUGAGCGACAUGAGCAGCUUGAGCAGCUUGAGCAGCGUGACGAGCAUGACGAGAUCCGAGACAACUCGAAACGACGCGGACUAGCCUCUCCUGGUCGUAUUGUAACCAAUGGAUUCGCGCAGGGCCCCGGUCUCUGCUCUUCUCGUUGGGCCUCUUAAAGUCGCCAUUAUUGAUGAACGAUGUUCCAGGCAGCAAAGUCCUAUUUUCUGUCACAACAAGCUAUUGGCUGCACAUCCAUUCAUCCUAACAUGUGUACCUAAACUAUUAGGUUCGCAUAAUUCUACGUAUAACGAGAAGGGGUUCUGGACGAAUUAAUCAUGUGUA